AUGGGUCUGGACAAAUGCGCCGUGAUACAUGUCAAGAGAGGAAAGUUGACUCGGGGAAAAGAAAUGCUUAUUCAAGAUGAGAUGCCACUAAAACAACUAGGCUCUGAGGAAACCUACAAAUACUUGGGUAUACAGCAAGCAUUAGAGAUAAAAACCUCAGAUCAAAAAGAAGCUUUCAAGACCAAGUUUUUUAGCCGAAUAAGAAAAAUCCUCAGAAGUAAGCUUAACUCGAAAGCACUGGUUACGGCAAUCAACACAUGGGCGAUACCGAGCAUAGCCUACUCCUUUGGCGUGAUAAAAUGGUCAAACACCGACCUUAAAGCAAUUGACACACAGGUGCGGGUACUUCUCUCGAAAUAUGGAAUGCACCAUCCCCAUGCAUCUGUGAAUAGACUAUAUAUACCCAGAAAUCAUGGAGGCAGGGGGCUACAAAGUGUUGAGAAUGCCCACUACAAGGCGGUAAAAGUAUUGAGAAAAUAUUUUCAUUCUAAGAACUCACCAUUCAUCCGGGCAAUAUGCCAACAGGACCAGAACAUCACGGCACUUAACUUGGCCUGCAGAGAUGACAUACCUCAGGCACAAUCAGAUGAUAUGCUUCUGGAAGAAUGGCAUGGAAAAGCUCUUCAUGGAAGAUAUCCGGAGGCACUAAAAAACCAGAGGGUCGAUAAGGAAUUAUCACUUACUUACCUUAAAUCCGGAUAUCUAUUUCCUGAGACCGAAGGACGACUUAUAGCUGUUCAAGACCAGGUUGUCCCAACACGAGCUUAUAUGAAGCAUAUCGCAAAGAAAAACAUUGCAACAGACAAAUGCCGAAAGUGCUCGCAAGCCCUUGAAACCAUACAACACGUGACGUCCUCAUGCUCCAUCUUGGCACCCAGAGAGUACACUCAGCGGCAUAAUGCUAUGGCAAAAGUGUACCAUCAGGCUAUUGCGUUUAAAACAGGUCUUAUACUUACCUCGAAAAGAGUACACGAAUACUUACCAAAGCCUAUACUCGAAAACACCAGCUUCAAACUUUACUGGGAUAUCCCGAUCACUACGGAUCGCACAGUACCACACAACAGACCGGACAUCGUGGUCUUUGAUAAAACCAAGAAUAGAGUCACCAUCAUUGACGUAACUGUUCCGGCAGAUGACAAUAUAAGUCGGGCGUACGCUGAAAAACUAACCAAAUACCACGACUUGGCUUUCGAAAUGAAGGAGAUCUAUAAGCUCGAUAUGAUCACGAUCUUGCCACUGAUAAUCACUACUAAUGGAUUAGUUGAGAGCCACCUGGCAGAAAACACCAGACUGCUUGAGUUAGAGGAGAACUUGAUCAGCGAGGCCCAGAAGGAGGUGAUACUCUGGACCACAAGGAUCGUUAGAAUGUUCUUGACAGCUGGCUAG